AUGCGAAAAACCAAACAAUUAGCUUCCUGCUUACCCAACAGCGCAUUGAAUAAGAGAAAAACAUUUCGGAACAGUCCUUUCUCUCACUCACUCCUUCCUCCAUCAUCAGCAACAAACAUUUUCUCUUCUCAACAAUUUGAUCAACAAUUUAAUUCUCACAGCAGUAUUCAUCCCUUCAUCACCGCCAUCAGAAAAUUUUCAACAACAACUUUGAAUUUAAAUCAAUCAAGUGGUGUUUCCUAUUUUCCAUAUGGAGAACCAGAUUUUGCUUCUAUCAGAAGAAACAAACAAUUCUAUGUUGAUAAGACUCAUCUCAUUCCUCUGCUAGAAAAGAGAAAACAAUUAUUCUUUGUUCGGCCUCCUCGAUGGGGAAAGUCAUUGUUAUUGUCAAUGUUACAUUCAUAUUAUGAUAUCAACAGUAAAGAAAAAUUUGAUGUGUUGUUUGGUGGUUUAUGGAUUGGAAACCCGAAGAAUCAGACUCCGUUGAGAAAUGAAUAUCAUGUACUACACCUUGAUUUUUCUAUUGAUGUUGUUGGGUCUCCAGAGAAUAUCAAAGUGGCGUUACAUAAGGUAGUUAACAGUACCAUAGCUGAUUUUGUAAAGCAGUAUGGUUUGAAUGAUGUUGAUAUCGAUCCAACUGAUGCUCUUGUAUCAUUCGACAAUCUUGUUUAUUGCCUCAGAAGAAACAACCUCAAAUUGAUGGUUCUCAUUGAUGAAUAUGACAGAUUUGCGAACAAAUUAAUGUUUGAAAAUCCUGAUAAUUACAAACUCAUUGUUGAAGGAAAACGUGGUGAUCCAGCAUCAUCACCCAUUCGUGCAUUUUUUGAACGACUCAAAAAAGCUUCCGGCGCUGGUUUGAUGGACUUUAGAAGCUUCAUUACUGGUAUCACUCCAAUUGCUCUUGCUGAUGCUUCUGGUUACAAUGUUGCUAGCAAUAUCUCUCAAUUGGAAGAGUUUGGUGAUUUGGUUGGAUUUACUGAGAAUGAUUUGAGAACGGCCUUGAAUAAUAUUGGUAUUGUUGAUGAUCAUCAAGAUAAUGCAAUAAUGGUCAUGAAAAGGUUUUACAAUGGUUAUCAUUUUCCAGGAUCAACUCAACCGCUCUUCAGUCCCACUCUUUCAAUGUAUUGUCUACAAAAGUUAAUGAGCAAGAGCCAAUUCAAAUCUGCUGUUUUUGAAGGUAAAGAUAUUACUCUAGAGGAUAUGAUGGAUGAAAACACAAACAUAAGCGAAAAUGUUUUUUCAACUCUUGCCACAUCUUCUGCUGCCAUACCCAUCAUUCAACAACUCACUUCAACGAAUAUUAUUCAAUUUAAUACUUCUAUUGUUCGUUCUUUCAAACUUCGUGAAAUACUUGAUCCACCAACAAACGAAGAGAACAAAAACCAAAUUUGGGAUAAUACAUUGUCUUUCAUGUAUUAUCAUGGUAUGCUUACAUUUUCAAAAGAUAUUGAACUUAAAAAUUUGACUAUUCCUAAUGAAAUAGCACAACAACAAUACUUUUCUGAACUCAUUAAUAUUACAUCACUAACCCAACAUGACUUUGCAUUACUUUACAAAUAUCCCUCUUUAGACAUUGUAAAAAAGAUACUUGGAAAUAUUAUUGGAGAUAGAUAUAUGCAUUAUAAUAACUAUUUUUCUGGAGGGGCCUUACAACAUGCAAUUUAUUGUGUUUUAGAAGCUUAUUUUAAACGUGGACCUUCUUAUUUCAAAGUUACAACAGAGGAUACAAUCAAUCAAAAUGAAGACACGGAUUUUGAUCAAAGAACUGAUGUAAUAUUGGAGAGUGAUAAGGAUAUCAUAAUAUUUGAGCUUAAGAGAAUUAGACCAAAUGGCUUAAAAUGGGAUGAACAUCAAAUGAAACAUAUUUUAAAAAGACGAACUAAAUCCAAAUCAAAGAUAACAAUAAAGUGGUAUACGAGAACCAUGAGGGAUGUACUGAGUGGAAGAUGGAAAAUUGCUAGAACUGUUCAAAGAAUCAAUGAAGGACUCUCUGAAUUACUUGAAAAUGAAUUGAUCAAUCUACCAUUAAACGAAGCAUUCCUCUUUGAAGAAAAGCCAAAAGGUGGUGAAGUCAAGACAGUUCGCUAUGUUGUUGAAAAGGCGACAAGACAACUGACUGAUUAUGUUAAAUUAUUGAAAGAAACAAAGAAAUACUCAAAACCGAUCCAUGCCUUUGUGGUUGUGCAAGUUGGUACUCCCAUUAUUGUGAGAAAGAUUGAUGUUUCUACAUUGUAA